GGCUAGCAUCAGCGUGGUGGUGCGACCUCCGACCGGUAGGGGACGCGUCUCGUGCCGUGUCAGUGUUAAAUCAAGCCAAGAUGACAACGCUGAGACCCUUCACGUGCGACGACUUGUUUAAAUUCAACAAUAUCAAUUUGGACCCUUUGACAGAAACUUAUGGGAUCCCGUUCUACCUGCAGUACCUGGCCCACUGGCCCGAGUACUUUAUUGUUGCCGAGGCUCCUGGAGGUGAACUGAUGGGAUACAUCAUGGGGAAGGCGGAGGGAUCGGUGGCUCGGGAAGAGUGGCACGGUCAUGUCACCGCUCUGUCCGUGGCUCCUGAGUUCCGAAGGCUCGGAUUGGCUGCCAAACUCAUGGAAAUGCUGGAGGAAAUCUCAGAGAGGAAGGGCGGCUUCUUCGUGGAUCUGUUUGUGCGCGUGUCCAACCAGGUGGCGGUCAACAUGUACAAGCGUCUGGGUUACAGUGUCUACAGGACUGUCAUCGAGUAUUACUCGGCCAGCAACGGAGAGCCAGACGAGGACGCUUACGACAUGAGGAAAGCUUUGUCUAGAGACACGGAGAAGAAGUCCAUCAUUCCACUGCCGCAUCCUGUAAGGCCCGAAGACAUCGAAUAACAAUCCUUGUGGCUCUCUGACCCUCACGUCACACAUGCACUGUCCACAGCUCCUCACACUUGUGGACAUCAGGGAGCCACAGAGUAAACAUGUCCCCAAUUCUCUUCAAUUGCUGUAAAUUCUAAAUAAAGUUUUGUUUCAAA